CUGCUAAUGCUUCCUUCCUUCUUCAGCCCAGUCAUGAAAUGAGAUGAGAGUCGUCUUCUGAAACUCAAGAAACCUUUUCUUAUAAAGCUUCCUUCCCUUGCCUUCCAUGGCUUCUUCCUGACAUUCCCCUGGUUAUAGAAACGGGAGAUCUUUCGUAUAACCAGCGACUCGGAUUUUUGUUCCUCUCUUUUUACGCACCGGUGGGGACGUUUCUGCGACGAGGAUGACGCCCGGGACGGGGAAUAUCUGCCGCAGUGUCACCGUGGUCGGAAUGACAACGAAGGGUCACCACCCGAGGCGGAGGUUCAAGCUCCGGCGGCGUCUCAAGCCCUUGCAGAAGGCAAGCAUCGGAGCGGAGGACAGAGUAGUACUGAAGGAGGAUGAAGGGCCGGCUGGUGAUCAGAAGCCGACGGAGAUAUCGCUCUCCUCGCCGGCAUCCGAUCAGUCUUCGGAAAAUGACACCGUUUUGCCUUCAAGACUUAGAGAGGUGAGCUUACAUGUUGCUAAUUUGAGGACGACCACACUGUCCCACGGCUCGGUUUCUAUCAUCGGACGGAGGAAAGAAAUGGAAGACACUGUGAGGGUGGAGCUGAAGUUUCUAGAAGGUCGGUACGAUUUUUUCGGGGUUUACGAUGGGCAUGGCGGGCCCCAGGUGGCGCAGGCCUGCGCCAAGAGAUUGCACGAGGUGGUCGUCGAUCGAGCCAUGAUGGAAUAUGGAAAGGAUCGAGCAGAGAUGAUUGACUGGGAGGAGGUGAUGGUGAGGAGCUUCAAGGGGAUGGACGAGGAAGUGGCGAUGGCUGGGACCGGGGCCGAGGAGGCGCUGAGGAUGGUGGGUUCCACCGCUGUGGUGGCUGUGAUUGGGAAGGACGAUGUGGUGGUGGCUAAUUGCGGGGAUUCGAGGGCAGUCAUGUCGAGAGGGGGCGUAGCCGUGGCCUUAUCCGACGACCAUAAGCCUGGUCGACCCGAUGAGCUGAAACGGAUAGAAGCCGCUGGCGGAAGGGUCAUAAACUGGAAUGGGUAUCGGGUUCUCGGAGUCCUCGCCACAUCCAGAUCUAUAGGCGAUGAGUUCCUGAAACCGUUUGUGAUAUCAAUUCCAGAAGUCACCGUAACUAAAAGAACCGACUCCGAUGAGUUCCUCAUACUUGCCAGUGACGGCCUAUGGGACGUGGUCUCGAAUGAGUAUGCUUGCGAGGUCGUGAGGAGGUGUUUGAGCGGACGAAUGAGGAGACGAUCCCGUGACACUUUGACUGCUGAUAACUCUGCCUCUGAGGCGGCUAAAAUUUUAGCCGAGCUUGCCAUUUCUCGGGGCAGCGAGGACAAUAUAAGUGUGAUUGUUGUGGAGCUAAAUAAACCCGGAUUCCGUAGUUAAUGAACUCCGCGGAGAAUCUAAAUGCUCUAUUGACAUGUCUCGUUGAUGUUCCUGAUCGAUAAUGAUCACAUUUGGCCUAGGGAUGCCGUUCAAGGAUUCCGUUUGAUCCAUCGUCUCCUUGGAAGAAUUGAAAUUGAAAAUCGAUCCAUAUCUAGGAUAUGAUUUUGAAAAUAAAUUUAUAAAGUGGCCCAAGAUUUUCGGUA